AUGGAGUUUCAGAACCCAAAAUUGUUUGUAGGAGGGGUUUCGAAUGAAAUUGACGAAGCAACACUAAGACAACACUUUAGCCAGUAUGGUGAAGUGGAACAUGCUUUUAUUAUUCAUGGCAAAGGAAUCGGGUUUGUGACCUUUACUGAUCCUUUGAUGGCCAAAAACGCUCUCCAAGAAGAACACAUUAUUCUUGGUACAAAGGUUGAUGUAAAGCCAGCCAAACCAAGAGUAGAGAUCAGUAAUAGGAAGAUUUUUGUGGGAGGUUUGCCUUCUACCAUAACACUAGAAGAAUUUAAAGAAUAUUUUGGGAGUUAUGGUGCAAUCACUGAUGCAGCUAUAAUAUAUGACAAAGGAAGUCAUAAAUUUAGAGGAUUUGGGUUUGUCACUUAUGAUUCAGAGGAAGCUGCGGAGAAGGUUUUGCAGAAGAACUUUCACGAACUGAAUAAUAAGAUGGUGGAAGUGAAAAGAGCAGAACCAAAAGAAAAGACGAAAAAAAACAUUGAGUAUCACGAUGUUGGUACUCCAGCUGCACUUCCGGUUCCUUGUGGCCUUUAUGAUGUUACUGCUCAGCCUGGUUUUAUUCCUCAUGGUGGAAGCUGCCGCUGCCACCGCUGCUACUACUACAACUAUUACCACGACUACUACUAUUGUUUUUUUGUCUUGGUCCCAGAUGAAUACCAACAUAGUUUUGGAAGCUAUUUGAGUAAAUGGCCACACUAA